AUGACAACGGCACAGGAGAAAGAAGACGUGAACGUCAACGAGGAGGAUUUUGUGGAAGACAUUGUCAUCGAUCCCUCGAUCGACCAAUCUUUCGAGAAUCACGUCAAUGAUGCGAUCCGUUCCAAGGUCCCGCAGUUUCUGGAAAUGGUCAAGACAGCCGAUCUUAUCCCUACCCUCGAGAAGAUAAGGUGCACAGAGAGCAUGGAAGCACUACUGCAACGAUUUCUGAAAGCGAGAAGUGGAGAUGUGAACCUGGCAUUCAAGUUCUUAAAAGAAGAUUGUGAAUGGAGGGAAGCCAAUCAGAUUUUGUCUCUGAGAACGAAGUCCAUGGACGAUAUGCUGGUUGCCGGAAGAAAUCCGAUCCUCAAGGAAACUAUAGUCUCAAUGAUCCCUCAAGGAUGUUUGGGUCGGGACAAACAAGGAAGGCCUAUACUGUACCGCAAGGUGACAGGGAACAUGAAUGUGCAAAAGCUUGCAGAACUUGGGUACAGUGUUGAAGAAUUUUUGAUCUACCAGGCAUGGAUGCUCGAGCGAACUGUUGCCAUGAUGAAUGACAAGGGACAGUGGAUCAGUAUCAUGGACCUGGGAGAACUGAACUUGACAAAGAUGAUGGGCAACCUCAAUAUCGUAAAGGCUUUCACUGCCCUUGCCAAGAACCAUUUCCCUGAAAGGCUCGCACACAACAUAAUCAUCAAUGCACCGACUGUCUUUGGGAUUGUAUGGAGGGCUGUACAAGUUUGGCUUGACAAAGAAACACAGAAGAAAGUUUCUAUUUUCAGCUCUCCCAAGAACUGGAAGCCAGCUCUCGAAAAGGAAAUGGACCUGAAUCUCCUCCCCACGGAGAGCGGGGGCCCAGCUCACUUGUCUUACUCUCCCUCAAGUUUUGAUCCUUAA